GUGUUGGCACAAAAAAAAAGUGAAAGGGAAAAAAUAAAUAAAUCUGGGUUUUGGUUUCUUUUUUUCCAUGUUAAGAAAAAAAGGUUUUCUUCUUUUUCGGGGCUAGUAAACAAAUGGCAUCCCUUCUUGGGAAAAAAAGUUGGUUUUUUUUUAAUGUGUUUGGUGUUUGAAUUGAUGGAUCAAAAUCAAAGGGGGGAUUCUUCUGCCUUUAGACUGGAUACGACGCACACAUCAAAUUAAAAGAUGGAUAGAUCCGUCGUCGUCGUCCUUUAUGGAUCAUGGAUUGGAUGAUUGCUCCUUUCUGCCCAUAACACACUUGCUGGCUACUGAAUGCUGAACCCCAUCUAAUUCUUCUUCCCUUUUGGAAAUGUAUUUAUAAUAUUUUGUUAGUGUCCUGUUCUGGAUAUUUUUUUUAUGCUUCCAUGUGUUUUUUCUCUGUAUUUAUCCAUCUGCUGGUUCUCCUGUGUCUGUCUGUGGGUCACCACCAUCCAGAUUUGAUUACCCUGACUCAUCUACCAGGAUGUCUUCAGUUCAGACAUAACAUGCAUGGCCACCUUGACACUGACAACAAAACUUGACUAGCCUGGCAUGCAUCCAAAAUCCCCUCUUAAUCUGCUUAUUGUGUUGUCUUGGAACGAUCUCUUGUGCCAAUGUUCAGAACUUGAGACAGAGAUUUUUGUCUCUACUUUUGUCUUUUGAUAGAUUGUUCAUUGGUUGAUACAGAAGAUGGAUGCAAAGUUUGCAAUUAAGCUUUGUUUUUGGCGCCCAGUGUCUAGAGAAUAUCAACUCUUUUGCCAGCAGCAGAUUCCAUGUCUUUUUUGGCAGAACAAAAGAGUCAGUCUCUCUGCACGAAUCAAAUUUCUGUUCAUGAUGAUGUAGACACACACAGACACACACAUGUCCUGCUGCCGGUUGUUUCUCAUCUUUUUCUUGCAGGCUUAAUUAUUUCCUUAAUCCGGCCUAACCCCAAAAAAGCAUAUGUUCUGCUACAAGCAUUAGCCCAAUUCAAUUCAAUUCGAUUCUUGGGUGCAUUGCAGGCAGGCCAUGGAAAAGAAAAGGUUUGGGAGGGCGGGGCUGUACAGAGCCUUCAUGUUCAGCAGCCCGACGAUCCUGGUGACCUCGCCGGACGCCUGCAAGCAGGUGCUCAUGGACGAUGCCACCUUCUGCACCGGCUGGCCGAAAGCCACGGUGACGCUGAUCGGCGCCAGGUCCUUCAUCAGCAUGCCGGAGGAGGAGCACCGGCGGCUGCGCAAGCUGACGGCGGCGCCCAUCAACGGCUUCGAUGCGCUCUCCGCCUACCUCGCCUUCAUCGACGCCACCGUCGUCUCCACCCUCCGCCGCUGGUCAUCGGAGACGAAGACGAAGCCGAUCGAGUUCCUGACGGAGCUGCGGCGGAUGACGUUCCGGAUCAUCGUGCAGAUCUUCAUGAGCGGCGCCGGGGAGGCGACCAUGGAGGAGCUCGAGCGGAGCUACACGGAUCUCAACUACGGGAUGCGCGCCAUGGCGAUCGACCUCCCCGGGUUCGCGUACCACCGGGCGCUCAGGGCCAGGGGGCGGCUCGUGGCGGCGCUGCAGGGGGUGCUCGACGAGCGGCGGGCGGCGGCGGGGAAGAAGAUGAACAGGGGAGUGGACAUGAUGGACAGGCUGAUCGAGGUUGAAGACGAACAGGGGAGGCGGCUGGAGGAUGAGGAGAUCAUCGACGUGCUCGUCAUGUACCUCAACGCCGGCCAUGAGUCCUCCGCUCACAUCACCAUGUGGGCCACCGUGUUCCUCCAGGAGAACCCCGACAUCCUCGCCAAGGCCAAGGCGGAGCAGGAGGAGAUCAUGAGGAGCAUACCGCCGACGCAGAAGGGGCUCACGCUCAGGGAUUUCAGGAAGAUGGAAUACCUCUCACAGGUGGUUGACGAGACGCUGCGGUUUGUCAACAUCUCCUUCGUGUCGUUCCGUCAGGCAACUCGGGACGUCUUCGUCAACGGUUAUCUGGUGCCCAAGGGCUGGAAGGUUCAGCUGUGGUACAGGAGUGUGCACAUGGACCCUCAGGUGUACCCUGACCCCAAGAAGUUCAACCCUUCAAGAUGGGAGGGCCCGCCGCCGAGAGCAGGGACAUUCCUUCCAUUCGGGCUCGGCUCCAGGCUCUGCCCCGGGAACGAUCUCGCCAAGCUGGAGAUCUCUGUCUUCCUCCACCAUUUCCUCGUUGGCUACAGGCUGGAAAGGGAAAACCCAAACUGCCGGGUGCGGUACCUGCCUCACCCUCGGCCGGUGGACAACUGCUUGGCCAAGAUCAUCAGAGUCUCCUCCGAUGAUGGAUACUGAAGUUCAGAAACCCUAGAUGGUGGCGGCGGCGGUGCCUGGAAGCACCGAUUUUCAUGCAUUUUCAGAAUUUAUUGUGUGCACAGCACAGCAAAUGGAGAAAUAAAAAUAAAUAAAAAGGCGUCGCCGAUGUUGAGAUGUUCAAGCUGUCUUCAUUCUUUUUCUUGUUUUUUGUUCUGUCUGUCGUAGCUAGGACCCAAAAUCUGGCUGGUUUUACAGUGUGAUGAAAAUGAUGGUUUAGCCAGAAAGACAAGAAACAAGCUUGUCAGAACAGCUUUGUCGAUGAGGGAGGUUAAUUUUAAAACAAAACUUUUGUUGA